GCAGCGGCACAGUCCCGGAAGUAUGACGUCAGCGCACAUGACCGGAACUCAAUCACAUGAUUCAGUGUUGUUUUUAAAGAAAAGAGUGUUCAUUCACCCAGACGUACCUGCGCUUCGUAUCACUGGUUGUAGUGAUCUGUUAUCUGUGAGCAGUCAUGAGACUUGUGAUCCUGGACGACUACGACCUGGCCAGUGAAUGGGCCGCAAAGUAUAUUCGCAACCGGAUCAUUCAGUUUAAACCCAGUGCUGACCGGUACUUCACUUUAGGACUUCCAACAGGUAGCACACCACUGGGCUGCUAUAAAAAGCUGAUCGAGUAUCACAAGAGUGGAGAUCUUUCCUUUAAAUAUGUGAAGACCUUUAACAUGGAUGAGUAUGUGGGUCUACCCAGGGAGCACCCAGAGAGCUAUCACUCCUACAUGUGGAAUAACUUCUUCAAACACGUCGACAUUGAGCCUCAAAACACUCAUAUACUGGACGGCAAUGCCAGUGACCUGCAGGCGGAGUGUAGCGCCUUUGAGGAGAAAAUAACAGCGGCUGGAGGCAUAGAGCUGUUUGUUGGAGGUAUCGGUCCAGAUGGGCACAUCGCCUUUAAUGAACCUGGCUCCAGUCUCGUGUCCAGAACCAGAGUGAAGACCCUGGCCAAGGACACGAUAGUGGCCAACGCUCGUUUUUUUGGAAACGACCUUUCAAAAGUGCCCACCAUGACUCUCACUGUUGGAGUGGGAACAGUGAUGGAUGCAAGAGAGGUUAUGAUCCUGAUCACCGGGGCUCAUAAGGCUUUUGCUCUGUAUAAAGCCAUCGAGGAGGGCGUGAACCACAUGUGGACGGUAUCUGCCUUCCAGCAGCAUCCAAGAACCAUUUUCAUUUGUGAUGAGGACGCAACGCUGGAGCUCAGAGUCAAAACCGUCAAGUAUUUUAAAGGGCUGAUGCACGUUCACAAUCAACUUGUUGAGCCUACGCUCAGCGUAAAGGACACAUGGACUGAACGCAGCAGACGGUACAUCUGAAUCAUCUGGAAAUGAUGGCAUCA